AUGGAGUGGGAGGCCGAUGAUGCAUUUUGGACUCCAUUGUUCGAAGAUCUGGCACAAUCGGACAAUGCCUCCAGAGACACCACCAGCGGCGACAGUUGCGCAAACAUGUUAUUCGAUCAUGAAGAUAUGUGGCACAGUCCCACCUACACGGACUCUUCGACAUCACAUUUGAGUCUAUGUGUCAAGCAGGAAGUAAGUGUCGUGGGCAAAGAGGAUCGUUGUAACUUAAAGGAUUAUGAGUGCGACAAAGACUUCCUUCAGAUUGAAGAGCGUCUUCUACGGUCAGUCGGCCUUGAUGUAGUUGCCAACUCAGUCAAGUCCCUGGAAUCCGAGGACGAUGCUGCAUCGACUAUCGACCAGCCCAUGACAGAACCCAUAGCUUUGUCCUCAUAUAUGCAGAAUCGCCUUGUCAGUCUCUACUUUCAAACGGUGCAUACCCUCUGUCCGUUGAUGGACAUGGUAGCCUUCAAACGGUGGUAUACUGAGCAACCCCGAGUGUCUUCGCCCCUCAAGGAACUUGUCUUUCAAGCAAUUCUGUUUGCUGCCUUCCAACACCUCAGUAACUCCGAAGUCUGCCAGACCCCGUUCUCCUCGGUCAUCGAGGGCCAGAAAGCUCUUUUCAACUAUGUGCACUCUCUCUAUAGUGCUAUCGAGUCCCAGAACGAAGGCCGCGUCGAGCUCGUCCAGGCCGCGCUGCUGCUGACUUAUUGGACACCAUUUGACUUUUCCCAGGAGGUCAAUAGCUACUGGGUGGACAAGGCCUUCUAUCACGCAAUGAUUGGGAAGUUGCACUUGCGAGGCCAGCCUUACCAUUCGGUGAUUUGGUGGUGUUGCUUGGUUCGAAACAGGACCAUUGCCCUCGGCCUUCGAAGCCCUCACAAAUUAAGGCACUAUAAGCCUGGCCCUAUGCUCCAGGUUUCAGACUUUCGGCCAUCUCUUUUGGUACGAGGCAUGGACUUGCGGAGAGCACCCUUACUUGCAGCAGAAACCUUCCUAUGCUUAUGUAAAAUUUCGGUUGCAAUCAACAAAAUUGUUCUCUUAAGGCACGGUGCAUGGCAUUGGGAUACGUGGAGGACCUAUUCCACUUCACUGGAUCAGAUCAAAGAAAUUGACCAAAUGCUCGACAAAACAAUGGGAGAAUUCGAAGUUCUUCUGACCAAGUACGACGAACGUACCUUCUCCAGGUCCUUCAAGGCAUCUUUGCACUCAGUCCGUAUUAUUGGCUCGUAA